GCAGAUAUAAUACAAAGUUUAAAAGAUACCAGGCAGUUAAAUCUAAUUAACUGCUCACGUUCAAUUUGGCCAGUGCAUUGCUUUGAAAAUGGCAAAAAUUGCACUUUGGGCUUUUUUGCUAGUUGCUCUUGAAGCAAGCUGUGCUGUUACACCAACAGGUUACCACGGCAACCUCGAGCACCGGCUAAAGAGGGUUCGAGAUGGAGCACUUAAGGCCGUCGAGACUUUGAGUUUGGACAACGUGGAGAAAAGGCGUGCCAUUGUCUCGCACGCCAGCGAAUUUGCGUACGGACUCGAGAAGACCAUCAAUAAGCUCUUCCAGAACUUUGUUCGCGUCAGCGAGAGAGACAGCGACAGAAACCUCCCCCAACUCGCGCUAAGGUUAAACAACAUCGUCCACCAAGUCCAAGAUGCCCUCAUAACGAGACCCACGCAGCUCAAGGAGGUUCUCCGGGACAACAUCCACCAGGUUUACGUCAUUGGCGAAAGAUUCAGGCAAAUUUUGCAACACCUCGACGAGAAUGGCGACUUCGGCGAAAUGAAGGAGGAUAUCAAGGAAAUCGUCGAGACGCUGAUCGACGCCCUUUACAAGCUCCAAAUCCAACAUCGGCGAACGCGCGAGGAAGUUCGGCUAGGAAAGCGGAUCUCCGACGCCUUAGACAAGAUUACCUGGCGCGAUCGGGCGACGCUCGAUCAGCUCGUGACCGCGGGCGCCGUGUUCGGAGAUUUCUUAAACCGAUUCAUCGAGCAUUUACGGAAGGAGUUCCCCCACUUCGCCGGUUACGAUCGUAAGGCGUUCGAGGAGGUUUGCACCGAGCUGGAUGGGAUUCGAGCUCGCUUGAGUGGCGUGUUGGACAAGCUUCCCAUGGGCGAGAUAAAGAAGAAGGUUGAAGACAUGAUCGGGCACGUGCGUGUAACGGUCACCGAUUUUGAUGGCCAGCUUCAGAAGUUAGAGGCGAUGGGGCAGGUUUCCGAGGACGAUCCGCUGAAUGCCGCCCUUAUUAACGGCGUCAAAAAUGUUCGCGCCGACUGCGUUCACGCAGAGGAACGUAUGCUUUCUAGGUUAGAGGAAAUUGUAGAAAGACCAAUGAAAUAAAUCAAUUAAAGAAUUCAA